AAUCUCCAUACUUUAUUUAUUCCUCUCCACAUCCACUACCACUACAAGAGAGAGAAGAAAGAGGAGAGGAAAAAAAAAUCCUCUCUUUUUCUUCUUCUUCUUCUUCUCCCCCCUUCCUCUGCAUCGAAGCUGCUCCCUGCAGUCGCAGGAUCCCGAAUCCGAGCUCCUCCCCGCCAUUGCCGCGGGGGCGCGGCUUCUUGAUCUGUGGAAUUCGAUCGGGGGGCGCGGGGGGCGCGGAAAGGUGGGAUUUUUGCGGCGAGAUUUGGGACCCAUCUUUGGCCCGUUUCUUGUGGAUUUCGUUCGAGUUCUUGUGGUUUUGGAUCGGGUUGGUGGUGGUGGUGGAGCUGGAAAAAGGUGGUUACCUUGGCCACCAAAUUCCCAACCCUUUUUCUGUUCAGAUUCUUGGCGUUUUCUUGCGCAAAUUUUAGCUAGGGUUGGUGUGGAUUCCCGCUCGUACCCCCAUUAGCUCGUGAUUCGUAUCCAGGUUCGUGUAAAAAUCUGGGAGUGGUGGAGAUUUGGGAGGUUUUCUCCUUCCUGUGCUCUAUGAGGAGCAGCUUCCUGUCGGAAUCGCCGUGCGACGAGCAGCAUAUCCAUGGAUUCAAUCCGCAGUCAUGGCUGCAGGUGGAGCGUGGGAAGCUGCCCAAAUCGUCCUACUCGCCUUCCUCUAUCGAGUCGCUGAUAAAGAUCGCGGAGCCGCCGGUCGUACCAUUGUAUAAGCCCUUGGAUUAUGUGGAGGUGCUGUCCAGGAUCCAUGAGGAGCUCGAGCAAUGUGUGCCGAGCGAGCGGCCAGGGCUGUAUUUGAUACAGUCCCAGGUGUUUCGGGGACUUGGGGAGGCGAAAUUGCGCCAGAGGAGCCUGCAUUCUGCGUGGCGCUGCGCGACCACUGUGCAUGAGAAGAUUGUGUUUGGGGCAUGGCUGCGGUAUGAGAAGCGGGGGGAGGAUAUCAUAUCCGAUGUCCUCGCGUCAUGUAGGAAGUGUUGCAAAGAGUUUGGGCCACUUGAUGUCGCAUCCGAGAUGCCCGAGGGAGACUUUGAGAUACUUGGUUCUUGUGAUAUCGGCACAUCUUCGAAAGUUUCCCCUGUAGUGACCUUCCAAAUAAGGGAUGGGAAGGUGACAUGCAAUAGGUGCAAGAUUGCUUCUCUAUCGAUCCCUUUCUGGUCCAUGCUCAAUGGACCAUUCACUGAAUCUCAGCUUGAUCUUGUUGAUUUGUCGGAGAAUGGUAUCUCACUGGAGGGCAUGAGGGCUGUAUCUGAAUUUAGUUGUACAUAUAGCUUAGAGGAUUUGCCUUUGGAAACCUUGUUGGAGAUCCUGGUGUUUGCAAAUACAUUUUGUUGUGACAGGCUUAAAGAUGCGUGUGAUAGGAAACUAGCUUCAUUUGUUUCAUCAAGGCAGGAUGCUGUUGAGCUCAUGGCAUUGGCAUUUGAAGAAAAUGCACCAGUCCUCGCUGCAUCUUGCUUGCAAGUGUUUCUGCAGGAGCUUCCAGAUUGUCUAAAUGAUGAGCAUGUAGUUAGCCUAUUCCUAAGUGCAACUGAACAGCAGCAAUGCAUCAUGGUUGGACAUGCCUCCUUUUUGUUAUAUUGCUUGCUUAGUGAGGUUGCAAUGAACAUUGAUCCAAGGACGGAGGCAACCGUGUGCUUGUCAGAGAAGCUUGUUCAAUUGGCUGUUACUCCUACACAGAAGCAAAUAGCUUUUCAUCAGCUUGGAUGCAUUAGGCUUUUAAGGAAGGAAUAUAAUGAAGCUGAACACCAAUUUAGUGUUGCCUUCUCAGCUGGUCAUGUGUAUUCCAUUGCUGGUCUUGCUAGAAUUGCUGGUACAAGAGGUAGAAAGGGUUUGGCUUAUGAGAAGCUCAGUUCGGUCAUAACAUCAAGUGUACCACUAGGAUGGAUGUAUAUGGAGAGAUCUCUGUAUUCAGAGGGUGAUAAAAAGUUGGGUGACCUUGACAAAGCAACUGAGCUGGAUCCAACUCUCACUUACCCUUACAUGUAUCGAGCUGCAUCCUUGAUGAGAAAAAAGGAUGCAAGACUUGCCUUAGAGGAAAUCAACCGACUAUUGGGUUUCAAGCUAGCAUUGGAAUGCUUGGAGCUCCGGAUUUGUCUAUAUCUUGCUCUCGAAGACUACAAAUCUGCAAUUUGUGAUAUCCAUGCUAUCCUUACACUUUCUCCUGAGUACCGAAUGUUGGAAGGUCGUGUAGCUGCUUCCAAAAUAGGCACUCUUCUUGGGGCACAUGUCGAGCAGUGGAAUACAGCUGAGUGUUGGCUUCAGCUGUAUGAACGCUGGUCAUCAGUGGAUGAUAUUGGUUCCCUUUCAGUGAUUUACCGGAUGCUUGAGUCAGAUGCAGCAAAAGGUGUUUUGUAUUUCAGACAAUCUUUGCUGCUCCUUAGGUUGAACUGUCCUGAGGCUGCAAUGCGCAGUUUGCAAUUGGCACGGCAACAUGCAGCAACUGAGCAUGAACGGCUAGUGUAUGAGGGGUGGCUUUUGUACGAUACUGGGCAUUGUGAGGAGGCCCUACAAAAAGCAGAGGAAUCUAUUUCUAUUCAAAGGUCAUUUGAGGCUUUCUUUCUGAAAGCCUAUGUUUUGGCUGACUCAGGUGUUGAUCCUUCUUAUUCUGCGACUGUUAUAUCGCUUCUUGAAGAUGCACUAAAGUGCCCUUCAGACCGGCUUCGGAAGGGUCAGGCUUUGAACAAUCUUGGUGGUGUUUAUGUUGAUUGUGAGAAGUUAGACGCAGCAGCUGAUUGCUACACGAGUGCUUUGAAGAUCCGACACACUAGGGCACAUCAAGGUCUUGCCCGUGUUCAUUUUCUCAGGAAUAACAGGGAUGCUGCAUAUGAAGAAAUGACAAAGUUGAUAGAGAAAGCUAAAAACAAUGCUUCAGCUUAUGAGAAACGUUCGGAAUAUUGUGAACGAGAGCAAACUAUGACAGAUUUGCAAAUAGUGACCCAGUUGGAUCCAUUACGUGUUUACCCGUACAGAUACCGUGCAGCAGUACUGAUGGAUAGUCACAAGGAGAAAGAAGCAAUUGCAGAGCUAACCAGGGCGAUUGCAUUCAAAGCUGACCUCCACCUAUUGCAUCUUCGCGCGGCGUUCCACGAGCAUAUCGGGGAUGUCCCCAGCGCUCUUCGCGACUGUCGAGCCGCCCUUUCUCUGGAUCCAAAUCACCAAGAAAUGCUGGAGCUUCAGAAACGCGUGAACAGCCAAGAGCCCUAACAAAAAAUUGUGGUGCCACUUGGUGCAUUGCAUACCAUGAUUUUUGCGCUCAUAGGUGCGCCUCAUGACAGCCCUUGACUCCAUCCAAUUUUCUUCAUUUCUUUGUUAAUUACUGUAAUAUGAUGUAUUCAGCAAGAAAGGAAAAAUGAAAGCACUAGUUCUUUGGAAGCCAUCAUCGAUGAAUCUUAGCACUCGAUGACUGCUGGCUUUUGUAAAAGUAAUGCCUAAUCACUGAACUGUUGUCUCCUGGAAAUGAAAAUCACCGUGCAUGAUGUAACUUUCAGGCCCCUAUUUUAGCUCCCAAUUUUUUCUGUAAUGAACCUUGCAUGCAAAUUUUGCACCAUUUUAGACCUACUUUACCUGUGGGUUUUACAGUCA